AUGUCCCAGCCAGAAUCAGACUUCAGAGCCCAGUUUGGCAACUGGGCAAACAGAAAUAACACAUCUUCCCGUCCUGCCAUACCUGCAUUGUCGGAUUGGUCCGAUUACGUCCGUUCGGGGGCAAACAACCUCUACGACUCGUUGCCAUCUUAUAAUACCAGCACAAGCUCCACCCAGGAGCCUCAAUGGUUCCAAAUGAGCCGAUUUGAACGAGUGGUUGGCUUUGGGUGUUGUCUUGGAGCGUCAUUACUCUGCUUCUUCAUGAGUUUCUUCCUAUUUCCGGUGCUAGCACUCAAGCCUACUAAGUUUGCCUUUCUUUGGCUGAUGGGAUCGCUCUUAUUCGUCGUUUCCUUUGGUCUUCUACAAGGGCCCAAUGCCUACGUCAAGCAUCUUACUAGCAAAGAUCGAAUUUUGUUCACAAGCGUGUUUUUCGCCUCGGUGUUGACCACCAUGUACUGUGCGGCCAUUCUCAAAAGCACCAUCUUGACAAUAUUGGCCAGUGUGGUGGAGUUAUUUGCCAUUUUGUACUAUAUUUUCAGUUACUUUCCGUUUGGAGCCACUACAGUGACGUGGUUCACGAGCUACAUCGUUGGAUACGUGGGAGGUUUCUUCACCAGCAUGCUCUAA